ACCAUCGCCAUCACCAUGAGCCCCUCGACGUCCCUGCUGCUGCUGCUGCUGCUGGCCUCCUGCGUCCUGGGCAUGCCCACCGACCACCUCGAGGCCUCCGGACUGGGUCCUGUCGAAGCUGAAGGAGAUGAGACCGUCGUGGUGGAAGCCGGUGAUGGCAACAUGGCCACAGGAGAUGCCGCCUUUGCCAGCAACUUUGGAUCAAAUGAUAAAGGAGGCGUCAGUACGUCAUUUAGCGUGACGGCUUCGGGCUCCAGCGCCGGCAGCUCGUUCAGUGCCAACGCAGCUACAUCCGGUGUCGUACAGACAGACGGACAGGUAUUCGUUGUGGACGGCGUCAGUGCGGAGUCAGCACAGAUUGCCAACCCGGCAUCGUUUGUUUAGUGAGCUCGAAACUGCUCAGGCGAGCUCGUCUUUCUGGAACUUUUCCUGUGGACUGUUUGUCAGUGAUGUCUCUUGAAAUACAUACACGUCGAAAGUGGU